AUGAGUAGUGAUUAAAAUUUUAUAAAAUAUUAGGAAAUUAAAUUAAUCGAAAAAGUGCUGGAUUUUUGAGAAUAAGUUAAACAGAUUUUUUGGAAGAUAGAAGAAUAAAUUAAUGUUUGAAAAAGUGUAUAGUUAGUUAAGAAUUAAAUGAAUGGAAGUAGAAUGAUUAUAUAUAAAUUGGAUAAAGUUCAUAUACAAAUUAUAAAGUAUUCGUUUUUAAAGAGAAUUGA